AUGGCGGACGAUGGAAUGCUCUUGAAUUUUGCCAUCGGCGACAAUGUCAUCAAGCCCGAAGCCAAGUUCAAGGGAGGCACAUGGCGGGACCGCCUGACCGCAAAGAAGCGCUCGCAGCAUCGACCCAGAGACGACGCACCUGACGGGGCCGCACGAAACGCAGCGUCGAAAAACCCGAAUCACAUUCAAAUUCCCGCAUCGCGGCCCGCCAAGCGCCAAAAGACCACAACAUCUUCCGAAGGACCUCACGGCGGCGAUGCACAUACCCGGUCGCGAUCAGCACAGCAGCCUCAGCAGUCGCAGCAUUUUAUCUCGUCGCUGUUCACUAGCAACCCCGAGCCUCGGAAUACAGAGGAACCACCCCACACCGAAGGGGAUGCAGAGGAUGCCAAGCCGACGAACGCGCCGCUGAUCGACGGGCUCGACACCUUUACGAAUCUGGGUCUUUCGCCAAACCUGGCGGCGCAUCUUCUGACGAAGUUGGAGCUGAAGGCGCCGACGGCUAUUCAGAAAAGCUCGAUUACGCAGCUACUCCAAGAGGAGAGCGAUGCUUUUAUCCAGGCUGAGACAGGGUCCGGCAAGACCCUUGCCUAUCUCUUGCCGUUGGUGCAGCGCAUUAUGGCUCUCUCUAAAGCGACGCAAGGCCAUGAUCAAGACAAUCAGGGCGUCCAUCGGGACAGUGGCUUGUUUGCGAUUGUUUUGGCCCCGACCCGAGAAUUGUGCAAGCAAAUAUCUGUCGUUCUGGAAAACCUCCUCCGCUGUGCGCACUGGCUUGUUGCUGGGACGGUGAUUGGUGGCGAGAAAAAGAAGUCGGAGAAGGCUCGGCUACGAAAAGGGUUGAAUAUCCUUGUGGCGACUCCGGGUCGCUUGGCGGACCAUCUAGACAACACGCAAGUUCUUGAUGUUAGCAAUGUCCGGUGGUUGGUUUUGGACGAAGGAGACCGCUUGAUGGAUCUCGGAUUUGAGGAGGAACUGCAGGGCAUCGUCAAGAAACUCGAUGCCCGACAACGACCGAGUCGCAUUCCCGGUGUGCCGACCCGCAGGACGACGAUAUUGUGUUCUGCUACCUUGAAGAUGAAUGUCCAGAGGCUCGGCGAGAUCAGUUUGAAGGACGCCAUCCAUAUUAAGGCCGAUCCCGCAGACGAAGAUCAGACGACCAUGAAAACCGAGGAAGACGCCUUCCGAGUCCCAGCGCAACUAAAACAGUCAUACGCAAUUGUCGCAGCCAAGCUACGUCUCGUUUCCCUUACAGCAUACCUGAAACGAACCUUUAUACGCAAAGGCUCUGUUAUGAAGGCGAUUGUCUUCAUGUCAUGUGCCGACUCGGUUGAUUUUCAUUUCGAGGUAUUUACAAGCAAGCAACGCGGGGAGAAAGAAAAGGACAGCGACGAAGAAGAGGAGGAGAAAAAUGAGAGAGAAAAGCUGUCACCUCAUGGAACCAUCGCACCCGCCAAAGCCUUCUCCAAUCCAUCGAACCCCAUCACUCUGCACCGGCUGCACGGGUCUCUUCCGCAGCAUGUGCGAACCGCUACCCUCAACUCCUUUGCGCGCGAUAGUAACGCCUCGGUGCUAAUUUGUACCGACGUGGCUGCACGUGGAUUGGAUCUGCCCAAUGUCGACCUCGUCAUCGAAUACGAUCCGGCUUUCAGCUCGGACGACCACCUGCACCGAAUCGGGCGAACCGCCCGUGUGGGCCGAGACGGUCGCGCGUUGAUCUUCCUCCAGCCAGGAUGCGAAGAAGGCUAUGUCGAUAUCUUGAAACGCGGCUACCGCGAUGGCGGCAAAGCGCUGACCCGGACCGACGCGACCGAGAUCCUCAAACGCGGGUUUGGCAGCAAAAUCGGGACCGAUAGCAAGAACUGGGAGGAAAAGACGACCGACUGGCAAAUGGACGUGGAGCGUUGGACCCUCGACAAUCCCGAAUACCUUGAGAUGGCACGCCGAGCCUUCCAGUCUCACAUUCGAGCGUACGCUACGCACGUUGCCGCAGAGCGGAGCAUGUUUAACAUCAAGGAACUUCACCUGGGUCACCUUGCUAAGAGUUUUGCUCUGCGGGACCGGCCGGGUAAGAUUAACGUGCCUGGUCUGCGACCCGGACAGGAAGACACGAAGAAAGACUUCAAGGCGGAGCGCAAGGGUGCGGGCAACAAGAGGAAGGCCGGCGGUGCGCAGGGCGAUGUCAUUCCUUCUGCGACGAAUACGGACGACGCCGCGCGCAAGAUGAGAGCGAAGAUGAAGGAACACAUGUCCGGAGCAAGCGAGUUCAAUCUGGCUUGA